CGUCCAGCGUCGCGUCGGUGCGUCGCUGUCCAGGGUCCUGAGUGAGAGCCAGCGGGCCACACCGGAGGCCUGACAUAACCUGUGAGUUGAGAAGCCCAGGAGCCAUGGAGUUAAGAGUGGGAAACAAGUACCGGCUUGGGAGGAAGAUAGGGAGCGGAUCAUUUGGAGACAUUUACCUCGGUGCUAACAUCGCCACAGGAGAGGAAGUGGCCAUCAAGUUGGAAUGUGUGAAGACCAAACACCCACAGCUCCACAUCGAGAGCAAGUUCUACAAGAUGAUGCAGGGCGGAGUGGGAAUCCCGUCCAUUAAGUGGUGUGGAGCGGAGGGCGACUACAACGUCAUGGUGAUGGAGCUGCUUGGCCCCAGUCUGGAGGAUCUGUUCAACUUCUGCUCCCGCAAGUUCAGCCUGAAAACAGUCCUGCUGCUGGCCGACCAGAUGAUCAGCAGGAUCGAGUACAUCCACUCCAAGAACUUCAUCCACCGGGACGUGAAGCCCGAUAACUUCCUAAUGGGCCUCGGCAAGAAGGGCAACCUGGUGUACAUCAUCGACUUCGGCCUGGCCAAGAAAUACCGCGAUGCCCGAACGCACCAGCACAUCCCGUACCGUGAGAACAAGAACCUGACCGGCACCGCCCGCUACGCCUCCAUCAACACACACCUGGGCAUCGAACAGUCCCGGCGGGAUGACCUGGAGUCUCUGGGCUACGUCCUCAUGUACUUCAACUUGGGCUCUUUGCCCUGGCAGGGCCUCAAGGCCGCCACCAAGAGGCAGAAGUACGAACGCAUCAGCGAGAAGAAAAUGUCCACCCCGAUUGAGGUGCUCUGCAAGGGCUACCCAUCUGAGUUCUCCACCUACCUGAACUUCUGUCGCUCCCUGCGGUUUGAUGACAAACCCGAUUACUCGUACCUGCGGCAGCUCUUCAGGAACCUGUUCCACCGGCAGGGCUUCUCCUACGACUACGUCUUCGACUGGAACAUGCUCAAAUUCGGGGGCAGCAGGACAACAGAGGAUGGAGAGCGGGACAGAAGGGAGGGCAAAGAGGGGGAGGAGCGAGCAGGAGGAGGCCAGAGAGGAGCCGGGGGCCGAGCUUUGCCUCCCGGUCCAAACCCCUCAGCGGCCAACAGAGUUAGGAACGGCCCCGACGCUGCUGCCCCGAACCCGGCCUCCCGCGGGGUCCAGCAGUCAGGAAACCGCUCCCCCCAGGCGGCGGCCCGUGCUGAGCGAGAGAGGAAGGUGGCUAUGAGGCUCCACCGCGGAGCUCCUGCCAACAUCUCCUCCUCGGACCUCACCGCCCGCCUCGACCAAUCACGCAUCACUGCAUCACAGGUCAGUGUGCCAUUUGAACAUCUGGCCAAGUGAGUUUCUUCUGGCUGGCCUGCAGGUCACUGGCAGCAGCAGCUGCAGGGUAUCAAAUACCCCCUCACGUACUUUUCAAACAGUUGGACGAAAACAUGAGUGAAUGGAGGGAGGAGAGAUGAAGAAUCGGGAGGAGGAGGAGCAAGCGUUGCAGGCCCUUUGGAGGGGACGGAGGCGUCGGUGUGUCUGUCAGUGUGCUAAUGUGAACACUGGUGUCCGGACGGAGCCCACGGAGAGAGAGAGAGAGAGAGAGAGUGCUGAAAUGGAAACCAGUGGGAGAAACUCUGGCUGAAACUGGCUGAUUGUGCUUUUUUUGGGGGGCGUGGCUGGAGGAGGGCGGGGUCAAAACAAAAACAACAAUAACAACGACAACAACAACAGGCCCCGCCCCUUCUUCACUUAUUUCCACCUGCCCAUCCACUCAGAGGCUCGACUUGCAAAUAAAAAAAAACAAAAAACAAAAAAAAAACAAGCACAUCGACGUGCACAAAACAGACUGACUUCAGUUGUUCUGUCACUGGUUUACGUCGGGAUACAACGUGUUCUACUAUGUUAACAAAAGAGAA